AUGCCCCAGUCGCCCCGCGGCCGCCAAGGCUCCCCAGCUUCCCAGCAGACACCCACCCAGCAGCCACAGCCCACCCAAGAAGACCAAGAAGACCAGCUCCACGACUCCCAAGAAGAGCAGGAAGACCAGCUCCAGCCCAUAACCCAAGACACACACAAAGAAGAGCUCCAGCCUGUCACCCAAGACUCACAAGACAUCCAAGACUCACAAGACACCCAAGACUCCCAAGACACCCAAGACUCACAAGAAAAAGAGCUCCAACCAAUCACCCAAGACACCCACGAAGACGAGCUUAUCCCCUUCACCCAAGAGUGGCAAGACACCCAAGACUCACAAGAAAAAGAGCUCCAACCGAUCACCCAAGACACCCACGAAGAAGAGCUCCAAACAAUCACCCAAGACGCACACGAAGAAGAGCUUAUCCCCUUCACCCAAAACACACAAGAAGACGAGCUUAUCCCGGCCACCCAAAACACACAAGAAAACGAGCUUAUCCCGGCCACCCAAGACACCCACGAAGAAGAGCUCCAACCCAUCACCCAAGACACACACGAAGAAGAGCUCCUCCCUAUCACCCAAGACACCCCCGAAGAAGAGCUCCUCCCUAUCACCCAAAACACACACGCCACCCAAGAGUCGCAAGCAGACGAGCUUAUCCCGGCCUCCCAGCCCCCGGCUCACCCCGCAUCCGAAGCCGACGUCCCCCCGGCCACCCCCAGCAAACCCGCCGCCGCCGCCUCCUCUUCCUCUUCCUCCUCCGACGCAGACUCAGACUCAGACGCAGACUCAGACUCAGACUCCGCCGCAGACGCAGACUCGGCCUCGGACGACGAAACCCUAGCGGCGCUGCUCGCGCGCGCAAAGGCGCAGGCGCAUCGGGCCGCCCACCCGCCGAUGGCGGCGCCGGCCGAGAGCCGCAGCCGUGCGGGGAGCGAGAGCGGGAGCUCGGUGACGCUGCAGAACCUGUUCCCUCUGGAGCACGCGGGCGGCGCCACGGCGCUGCGGCGCCCGCUCGCGGCCGGGCCUGGCCCCCGGAAGACCCCCGUGCCGGUGGCGGACAACCUGGCCCGGGUGGCGGCGAUCCAGGCCCGUCGGCUCUCUUCGGACCCGGACGGCCGCAAGGAGAAGGCGCUGGAGUGGCACGAGCUGCCCGUGCAGCCGCUGACGCGGGAGACGCGGACGGAGGUCCAGGCCAUGCGGCUGCACCGGACGCUGGACCCGAAGAGCUUCGUGCGCGGCGGGCUGGAGAAGAGUCUGCGCGAGCCACUGCCCACGCGCUUCCUGUUCGGCCACCUCGUCGACGCCCAGGCCUCGUCCUCCUCCAAGAAACGCAGCUUCGUCGAGAGCCUCGUCGACGACCACCACGCGCUCGACUGGGUCAAGAACAAGUACCGCGCCGUCCUCCAGCCCGGCAAACGCAACUCCGGCGGGAAGAGCUUUUACCAGAAGGUCAAGGAGAACAGGGCCCGAUAG